AAAGCGUAUAAAAGCACUGGAAUCGCUCCUGCGUUUGAUCCAGAACUCCCCUCAUGAUGAUCCGCAGUCUGCACACCUACAAGAGGACAUAGACAAACUCCGGGCCAAGUUCAGACAGGUCUGCUCAAUGCUGAGUGUCCCAACUGACUUCAAGGAUUACAUCAAAACUUCUGAGGGGACUUCUUUUUGAACAUCACCUGAUGACGAGGAGGAGGAUGAAGAGCUGAGCUGACCUCUGCGUCGAGGACAGAAGAGAGGGAAGCUUAGCUGUUAUCAGCACGGGAAGCAGCAAGUUACUGGUCUGCAGUGGAUUUAUUAGAUAGUGUGAAGCAGUACCUGCAUCCAUCUGAGAGUCUGUGCCUUCACAUUGUGGUGGGAAUGUCCACAAUCCUCAUUCAACUGGAUCAAUGCAAGCAGAGACUGCAGGCACUGUUUAGUGUUGAACUUGCAGUGGAUGUAUUGCAGUGAUUCAGCAUGUUUAACAGAUUUGAAAAUCAACUCAGUAAUAAACUGUAUGAGACAGAACAAAGGCCCUGUUCACACCUGGCAUUAAAAUGCAUCUCAAGCGAUCAGAUCUCCCUUUCACUGUACUGCCCUUGCAGCGCCUAUUCUUGUGCAAAGCUAGACAGCCAGUUAACAUUCAAAAGUCCUCCAAUAAACACACAAGGCUAGACUUUUCUUGUGAUUUUAGCUGAAGUGUUGUUUUCCACUCCUGGGAUUUGGCUUUUGAUUUUUUGAAAACUGAAACAGUUACAGAGAAAAAAGAACAAUCAUACAUAAUGAUGUAAAUUCAAAUGAUUCUCAUUCCAAGGUUGUCAAAUACUGAGGCUGGAACUGAGGAUAGACCAGGGGUGGGGAAACUUUUUGACUUGUGGGCCACACUGAGUUCUAAAAUUUGACAGGGAAGCGUGUUUAUGUGAACUAAUGUAUAUGACAUGUACAAGCCAGUAUAUAAAAUGAUUGGCCUUUAAGAGCAAAGCAUGAAUAUGCAAGGCUCAUUUACAAAUUAUUUUACAAAUGCAUGUAUUCAUAACAGUAGAGAAAACUCAUGUUCAAUUUCAGUGGGAACAGUGUUGUUGCUCUCCCUUUUUUGCCAGAGCAUCAAAGUCUGGGGUUAGUUUUGUUGUGGCAAUUCUCAGGAUGGAUCUGAGGUGCUGGUCAGUUAACUUGGAUCUGUAAAGGGUUUUGUUGAUGUUGAUGACGCUUGAAUGUCUGCUCACACAAGUAGGUCGAGCCAAACAAAAACAGCAUCUUCUGUGCCACCCUCCGGAGGUUUGGAAAAGUGGCUUCGUUCAGUGAAGCAUUAAAGUCAUUCAGUUUAAGAUUUUUAAGAUGGAGUCAGACUGAAGAUCGAUCAGUUCCAAUUGCAGGUCAGGUGGUGCUGUUUCGGGGUCGUGUGACAGGGGACAGGACACCAGCUGAAGUGACUUGUCAAUUUUUUCAAAAUCAGAGAACCGACGGCAGAAUCCUCGUUGCAGUGUCCAGUGAUUUGCUGUAUUUCUCCGCAUUUCGGGUGGCCUCUUUCUGCGUGGCUAGUGUGGGAAAAUGAGCGAAAGAUUUGUUUGAAACUUGUCUGGAGAAUAAAGUCAGCUUGGAUUUAAA